AUGGUUAGGGCUGUCUUUAAUGAGGUAAUUGAACUCAAAUCAUCGGUUUUGAGAUUGGAUGAACGGUUUGCUAUUCAGUUUUCACCUGCACCAAGUAACGAAAAUGUAACCAGUUCUUGCGCCUUCGCAACUGCAGCUGUCUCUCAAGGGAUUGACUUUGUAGCCAAGGAAAGAGAGAUGGCCAGAGUCAAUGCCCAUCCGGAUAGUUUUGGUGCCCAAAGUAUCAUCUACAAGUGCAACAAGAAAUGGGUAGCUAAUCUGCUCAUUCAAAACACAAUAAAGGGGCGACGCCAAAGGAAAAGACGAAGGGUAAGGGUUGGGGUUUCCCCCGUUGUAGAGGCUCAAGUAGUAGAACUUGAAGCACCAACUGCAGCUAGAAAUACCAGACUUAAAUGUUACACAAGCAUCACAAGCAUUACAAAAAAACUGAGGCACAAAUCCGUAACACUUGCUAUAACUGAAUCGGCGUAUUGUCAAUUAAAGAUCGAGCAUCUCAUGGUACCUUCGAGAAUCUUGUUAUUGACGAGCGAUCAUAUCAUUGGAUUGUAUUAUCUGGAAUAAAUGUAUGACUAUUGUUUUCUAUAUGUUGAUGAGUAAUCAAUGCGUAGUAAAUAGAGUGUAAUAGCAUGUAUUUGAUUUAAAGAGUAAUGCAAUAAUGAUUUAUAGAAAGGUUAUCAAAUAAGAAAGAAAGAAUUGCUGAUAGAGUUAUAUCUGUAUAUAAGCUCGAUCACAACA